GUAUAUAAUAGGUGAGGUACAUCUCUAGAGAGUUCAGAAAAGUACAAAGACUCGUGGAGAAUCAUAGCAUUGUAAGAACCAUACCGGUUCAGGGCCAACACACAGGUAUCCUUCCCUUUAUCCAGCACAUGAACCAGCACUAAACAUGUGGACUUUGUUAUUUGUAGUAUUUGCUACUGGAUCGCCAGCUUUACUUCAGGCAGCCCCAGUUCAGGGUUCCGGUGGCAGAUGCGGCUUUGCCGGUGUUUUUCAUGUUGAGGGAACCAGCCGUUACUCUCUUACUUUCCAACAGGGUUUUGAAUUGUGUCAGAGUUUAGGUUACAAACUCGCAACACAGGAACAGGUCAAUGACGCUUAUAAAAAAGGCUUGAGAACAUGCAGAUAUGGCUGGAUAGAUGGACAAAAUGUCAUGUUCCUCCCACACGUUAAUGGUUCAAACUGUGACUCCAGUUCCACUGAGAUCACCUUCCAUCCUGAAGUGGCAGAAUAUCUUUCCAAUGUCUACUGCUUUAACCCGUCAAGUGAGAGUAUAAAAAAGCAGGAUACAUCACUAAACUGUGAAGAUACUGGUAAAUCUAACUCUGAGAGCUUAACCAAUGGAAACACAGCCACAGCAAACGAAAAAACACAUGAAGACAUUCUUACAGAGGUCGAGACUGAAGGCUUUCUACUAGAUGUGGAGGAGAUAAUGGGAAGAGUAAAAAGAGAAAUUUCUGCCCCCAAAACUGAUGAGAAACCCCCUGUGCCUGCCUUGGAGGAACCCUCUACAAUGACACACAAUGAAGACAGCAAAGGCCCUACAAGCAAGCCCCAUUUUGGGAAGAGCUCAUCCUCUGUUACUCCUAGGGUUUCGUUCUUUGAUACAGAGGGCAGUGGAUCAGGAUCAGUUGAGUCGUUUACACAACCUAAGCCUAGUCAAUUCACAAUAACAGCAACUGUCACAAAGGCAGCUCAGAGUACAUCAGUGCCAGACAAAACUGAGAAGAAUCAAAUUCAUGAAAAGAAAUCUCGAAUGGUGGAAAGUCAUAAAGAUGCAUCUUCUGCAGACAUAAGGAAUGUGGGAGCAUUGCCUCCACCUGCACCCAUUCACGAGGAGAGUGGACCAUCUACUUGGCUGAUAAUCUUUGCAUUCUGUGUUGUUGUUGGAGCCAUAGUAUGCAUACUUGCUGCUAUUGCUACUAGAGACAAGUGGUACGGACCGAGACAGAGCAGAAACAUCACAACUGAAGAGCAGAAGAAAGACUACAGUAAAUCAGAAACACUGCCACUGUCACAGAAAGAACAGGAGAUAGUGGCACUGAUGAGUGUCACGAAGCUGCAGAAUGGUCAAAAGGAGGACAGUACUGCUGCCAGUCUGGAUGAAUGUGAGAAAGAGUAUUUAAUGUAAAUAUUUGAAAUUCUGCAUAUUGUGUAUUAACAGGUUUCAACUCUACUGUACUUUUUAUUUGCACUAGUGAUGUUUUUUCUGCUCGGAGUCCGAUUUUUAAUUCAGUUUGCUUCUGUUUUUGUUGCUUCAGAAUUAAAAAAAAAAAUCUUCUUGUAUUUCACAUUUCUUUUUUAAUCUAAAGUAUUAUUUUUUUU